AUGUUCAACUGGCACACCAGCGUCGAACCGCCGCCUCAAGGAACUCCUGUAUCUACCAGACACCAACAUCAACACCCACAUCAGCAUCAGCAUCAGCAGCAUCAACAGCGCCAGCAUCAGCACCAGCAGCAGCACCAGCAGCAACAGCAGCAGCAGCAGCAACAGCAUCAGCACCAGCAGCACCAGCAGCAUCAGCAACAUCAACAACACCAGCAGCAGCAGCAGCAGCAGCAGCAGAGUCACCACAGCCCUUUGCAAUGGCUCCCCGCGGCCCCUCCGCUCUCUAGGCCGCUGCCCAAUACUCUCCCGCCCAUCUCUGCCCUCCGCCCCACUAAUAACUUCGCAUCGAACGCCCAACAUGACUCAGCCAUCCUACAGACCCCCGCGUCCACUGACCCCUCGUUAUCAGAGAGCCCCAGCGUUCGCGAGAACGCCGUUGCCGAGAGCGCAGUCGACCUUUCCCCUGAACCCGCAUAUGACCAUCCUGCGCCCGGCCCCGAGCCCAGCUCUGACGAUGCGGACGGUGUAGAAGGAGGAUCCAUAUCGCGGCAGCAAGCAGGUCGUGUAGGGCCGGGACGAGGUGUGGAUCUAGCCCUGUUGGAAAACGAGACACCCCGCAAGCACGGCAAGCGGCUGACGACGCGUGAGGAGACGGCGCUGUUUGAAAUAUGCAACAGGCACGCGGCUUCUUUUGGCGAGCGCAAUCGUCUCUGCGAAUGGUGGGUGAAUGUGACGCAGGAGUUUACCGCGUCAGAGGGACAUCCGUACUCGUGGCAUAGCGUACGACGGAAAGUGGAGCUCGUGACGCAACAGCGUAUUAAAUUCCUUGCGGGCCUGGACGGGAAGAGGAGGGACGAUCAGGCGGAUGCAGCAUGGAGCGCCGCCGUCGACUCCUGGAUUCCGUCCUGGAAGCGGUUUCAGGAACAGGAGAACGAGCGCAUCAAUGCCAAGCAGGGCAAAAGGGGCCGCAAGAGGAAGUCAGUAGUUGACACUGAAGGGGUCGGGCUGGGAUACCAACACAUGUUGCCUCCUGGGUUCGAGACGAUGUUUCCACCGUCAUCAAAACCGUCCAAGCCCUCUCGAAUGGACGCGCCUGCUGCCCUGCCUGCCACCACUGCGCCUUCCACCACAGCGGAGCCCAUGCAGGCCCCUCCGCCUCAAAAGCAGCAGAAACAACAUCAGAAGCAGCAGAAGCAGCAGCAGCAGCAGCAGCAGAAAAAUCUUCCCGGGUCGAUACCCGUUCAACCAACCCCGCAGCAGACAACCGUGCCCAACACAGCAGCAAUCAUGACCGCUGCGACCUCCUCCUCGUCCUCUUCAGGCGCAGUCGCCGCAGCAGAACCCGACGUCGGCGCCGCGAUUCUAGAAACGCUAUCAAAACUCAACAAGAACCUCGAAGCCGUAUCGUCCCGCUCCCACCAGUCCAACGCCAUGUCUCUAGCAGCUGCUGCUGCCGCUGCCGCCGGUGGCGCCCAUCCCCUCCAACACCAGCACCAGCACCAGCACCAACAACAAAACCCUUCUCAAAACCCCACAAUGACCAACCAGCCCCACGUUAGCCAUAGUCGCACAGCAGCGACAGCAGCGGCAACCGGGGGCCCCGCCGCAGCGCCGCCGCCCGUUCAAACGCAGAUUCCAGCGUCCACGCUGCACCAGCUAAAAUCCGAGCUGCGCGCAGAGCUUCGACAGGAGAUUCAGAAGGAUCGCGCGCAACUGGAGGAGAAGCUGGAUACGGUGCAGAGGACGCAGGAGAUGAUUCUGGAGCUGCUGCGGCAGGAGCCGCAGUAG